UUUGCCACAGUGGAGCACUACAAAGCCGCCAUGUUGCUGAGCGGUGUAGGCGAUGCUCUCGGCUACAGGAACCAGCUGUGGGAGUACAACCAGUCUGGACCAGAUAUUCACCAGGAGCUGAAGGAGCUCGGAGGCCUGAGGAACAUCAAGGCGGAGCUUCCUGAUUGGCCGGUGAGCGACGACACGGUUCUUCAUCUGGCGACGGCUGAGGGACUGGCCACUGAGAAGACAGGGGAGACGCUCCUGCACGAGGUGGCUGCCCGAUACGUGGAGGGGAUGAAGGACAUGGACGGGAGGAAACCGGGGCCUUCCAGCAUCCUGGGAGUGUCGCUGUUGAAGCCUGGGGAGGAGGAGGGCUUCAGAGUUCCCUAUAACCCCGAGGGGACGGGGUGUGGAGCAGCCAUGAGGUCCAUGUGCAUUGGUCUGAGGUAUCCAAGGCCUGACCAGCUGUUGUCGCUGGUGGCGGUUGCCGUGGAGACAGGGAGAAUGACCCACCCUCACCCCACCGGAUUCCUCGGAGCUGUGGCGUCGGCCCUUUUCACCGCGUACGCCGUCCAGCGCAGGCCGAUCACCACGUGGGGACUGGGCCUGAUCAACGAGGCCUGUCCCAUAGCGAUGACCUUUGUUCGGGGUCGAGGUUUCGCCGUGGACGAGACGGAGAGAGACUGGAGCUUCUUCUGUGACAAGUGGCAGUGGUACCUGGAUGUGAGGGGCAUCUCCACCGGCGUGGGCCCUGCGAUCUGGCCCUCGCCCUACGGCCCGGCUGAGAGAGACGAGGCCUACAGGAGCUUCAGCCUGUCGGGCUGGGCCGGGCGCAGCGGCCACGACGCCCCGAUGAUCGCCCUCGAUGCCCUGCUGGGCGCGGGAUCGGAUUGGGAGGAGCUGAUGAGCAGAGCGGGUUUCCAUGGAGGCGACAGUGACAGCACCGCGGUGAUCGCCUGCUGCUGCUGGGGUCUCCUCUACGGCACCAAGGGGGUCCCGGAGGGGAACUACUCCAAUCUGGAGUACAGGGACCGGCUGGAGCGCAGCGCCGAGCAGCUCUACGCUCUGUCACACUGA